AUGAUACCUAUCCAACAGUUUUCUUAUCCUGUUUCUCCCAGGAAACCUCUCUAUGGCGUGCUUCAGUAUAAUCAGAAUAUGAUUGGACUGGAAUCGUUACCUGAUCCGACAGAUACCUGGGAAAUUAUUGAGACUAUUGGAAAAGGAACAUAUGGUAAAGUCUAUAAGGUUACUAAUAAGAAGGAUGGCAGUUUGGCAGCAGUGAAGAUUCUAGAUCCUAUUAACGACAUGGAUGAGGAGAUUGAAGCAGAGUAUAACAUCUUACAGUUUCUUCCUAAUCAUCCCAACGUGGUUAAAUUUUAUGGAAUGUUUCACAAGGCAGAUCGGUAUGUGGGUGGACAGCUCUGGCUUGUUCUUGAGCUGUGUAAUGGAGGCUCGGUCACUGAACUUGUCAAAGGCCUACUGAAGAGUGGCCAAAAGUUGGAUGAAGCAAUAAUCUCAUACAUUUUAAGAGGUGCCCUUCUGGGUCUUCAACAUUUGCACAACAAUCGCAUCAUUCAUCGUGAUGUCAAGGGGAACAACAUUCUGUUAACAACGGAAGGAGGAGUCAAGCUUGUUGACUUUGGUGUUUCUGCACAGCUCACCAGUACCAGGCUGAGGAGAAACACUUCAGUUGGGACACCAUUUUGGAUGGCUCCUGAGGUUAUUGCUUGUGAACAACAGUAUGACUAUUCUUAUGAUGCCCGUUGUGAUGUGUGGUCUCUUGGGAUCACGGCUAUUGAGCUUGGUGAUGGAGAUCCACCUUUGUUUGACAUGCAUCCUGUGAAGACCCUUUUUAAAAUCCCAAGGAAUCCCCCUCCAACGCUGUUCCAACCAGAAACUUGGUCCAGAGGAUUCAACCACUUCAUUUCUCAGUGUCUAAUUAAGGAUUUUGAAAAACGUCCAUCAGUCACUCAUCUUUUAGAACAUCCCUUCAUACGACAGGCCCAUGGUAAAGAUAUGGCACUCCAAAAGCAGUUGAGCAACCUAAUUCAGGCACAACAACAAUUAGGCUCUGUGGCCAAGACAAGGCAUGAACAAAUGCAUAUUCGCAGACCAUAUCACAUUGAUGCUUCUGACAAAUAUUCUCCAGAUGAUGAUCUGGUAAACCUUGAAAUUUUGGACGAGGAUACAAUUAUUUAUCAGCUGAAGAAGCGAUAUGGAGAUUUACAAAUUUAUACUUACGUUGGAGAUAUAUUAAUAGCAUUAAAUCCCUUCCAAAAUCUCAGUAUAUAUUCUCCACAGUUUUCCAAGCUUUAUCAUGGUAUGAAGCGUUCCUCCAACCCACCCCACAUAUUUGCAACUGCAGAUGCUGCUUACCAAGGCAUGAUUACUUUUAAUAAAGACCAGUGCAUAAUCAUCAGUGGGGAAAGCGGUGCCGGGAAAACGGAAAGUGCCCAUCUCAUUGUGCAGCAUUUGACCUUCCUGGGAAAGGCAAACAAUCGUGCUUUGCGGGAGAAGAUUCUCCAGGUGAACCCUUUAGUUGAAGCAUUUGGGAAUGCCUGCACUGCUAUCAAUGACAAUUCUAGCCGUUUUGGGAAAUACUUGGAAAUGAUGUUCACACCAACUGGAGCUGUAAUGGGAGCAAAGAUCUCAGAAUACCUGCUAGAAAAAUCCAGAGUUAUAAAGCAAGCUCUAGGAGAGAAAAACUUCCAUAUAUUUUACUACAUUUAUGCUGGUCUUUAUCAUCAAAAGAAACUUUCUGAAUAUAAGCUCUCUGAGAAAAAGCCUCCCAGGUAUAUUGAAAAUGGCACAGGAAAGGUGAUGCAUGAUAUUAUUAAUAAAGAAUCCUAUGGAACUCAGUUUGAAGCUAUCCAGCAUUGCUUUCGGAUCAUAGGAUUUACUAAAGAGGAAGUGCAUUCAGUGUAUCGAAUUUUGGCUGGGAUCUUAAAUACAGGAAAUAUCGAAUUUGCUUCCAUUUCUUCACAACACCAAACUGACAAAAGCGAAGUGCCCAAUAUGGAAGCCUUAGAUAAUGCUGCUGCACUGCUGAGCAUUGGCUCAGAAGAACUUCUGGAAGCUCUCACCUCACAUUGUGUUGUCACAAGAGGUGAGACCAUUAUCCGAACAAAUACUGUGGACAAAGCAGCUGAUGUACGAGAUGCCAUGUCAAAGGCUCUUUAUGGCCGACUCUUCAGUUGGAUUGUAAAUCGGAUUAAUACCCUGCUGCAACCUGAUAAAAAUAUAUGCAAUGCUGAAAGUGGAAUGAAUGUUGGGAUAUUGGAUAUUUUUGGAUUUGAGAACUUCACAAGGAACUCAUUUGAACAGCUGUGCAUAAACAUUGCAAAUGAGCAGAUCCAAUUUUAUUUCAAUCAGCACAUAUUUGCACUUGAGCAGAUGGAAUAUCACAAUGAAGGAAUUGAUGCUGUCUUGGUUGAUUAUGAAGACAACAGACCACUCUUAGAUAUGUUCCUUCAGAAACCAAUGGGGCUACUUUCUCUACUGGAUGAAGAAAGCCGAUUUCCACAAGCAACAGACCUAACAUUAGUUGAUAAAUUUGAAGAUAAUCUGCGAUGCAAAUACUUCUGGAGACCUAAACGAGUGGAGCUUUGUUUUGGCAUUCAUCAUUAUGCUGGAAAGGUUCGCUAUGAUGCUUAUGGCUUCCUUGAGAAGAACAGAGACACUCUUCCUGCUGACAUAAUGGUGGUAUUGAGGACUUCAGAGAACAAACUUCUUCAGCAGCUUUUUUCAAGCCCAUUGACCAAAACAGGCAACUUAGCUCAAACAAGAGUAAGAGUAACAGCUGCAUCCAGAUCUUUACCUCCACAGCUUGGGUCAGGUCGAAUUAAGAUUGACACCAUGGAAAUUAUGAGGCACCCUGAGGAAACCACCAACAUGAAAAGACAAACCGUGGCUUCCUAUUUCAGGUAUUCUCUGAUGGAUCUGUUGUCUAAAAUGGUGAUUGGGCAACCUCACUUUGUUCGCUGUAUUAAGCCCAAUGAUGACCGAGAGGCAUUGAAAUUUUCUCAAGAGAGAGUCUUAGUGCAGCUACGCUAUACUGGCAUUUUAGAGACUGUCAACAUACGUCGGCAAGGAUAUUCUCAUCGCAUACGUUUUGAUGAGUUUGUAAAAAGAUAUUAUUACAUUGCUUUCAAAGCACAUGAGAACCCUUCUCCAAGCAAAGAAAACUGCAUUGCUAUUCUUCAAAAGGCCAUGUUAGACAAGUGGGCUCUUGGGAAAACAAAGAUUUUAGCUGAAACUUCAGCAUCCCUGGCCAUUCUGAGACAUUCAGACCAAGUGAAAGAUUUACACCCUUUCUGCUACACCCGUUUAGCUGCAGAUCAUCAACUGCCUUGUCCACAAAGACCACUGGAAAGUCAAGGGAGUAAAAGACCCAGUUCACAGCUGCUGUUUUAUGGUGUGCAACAAGGCUCAGUACUCUCUCCAUUCCUCUUUAAAAUCUACAUGAAGCUUCUCAGUGAGAUCAUCCAUCACUAUGGAUUGAAGUAUCUCCAGUAUACUCAACUUCAUAUCUCUGCUCCGGGUGACACAAGUUAUGCUGUUGCUGCCCUCUCACAGUAUCUGGAGGCUAUGGGAGCCUGA